AGGAGGCUGGGAUAUGUAGUCUUCGGCAGGAAGGCUCAGCGUACACUUGAAAAGGAGAAUGGAUGCUGGUGGGGGGGUCAUUCCCGAGUCAGCUGUGGGGCCAUGACGGUGAGAGAGAUAAAAGAAUGACUUUUUUUUUGUACCAGGGAUCGAACCCAGGUCCUCGCACUUGUGAGGCAGGCCGCAAAACCACUGAGCCAAAUUCCCAGCGAGAGAUAAAAGAAAAGUGAAAAGGUCUCUGGCCUGUUUAGCAAUUGGCAGGAGCAAGGGUGCUCACACUCUGCUGGGCAAAAAAGGAUAAAAAGCGGCCACCAUCAACUGCCUCCCACAGCACUGUCACCGUGGGCUCCAGGGGAACAGUGUGAGUCACAGAAGAGGUGCCUGACUGAAGGCUGCAGCCUGCCUGCCUGAUGCCUGCCUGGGGGCUUCUGCUCCUGCUCUGGACCGUGGCAGAGGCCACGCAGGACUGCCCAACCUCAUGCAGCUGCCAGGCCCUGGAAACCAUGGGGCUUCGUGUGGACUGUGAGGGGCGUGGGCUCACGGUCCUGCCUACCCUGCCCUCCAACACACGCCAUCUCCUUCUGGCCAACAACAGUCUGCGCUCCGUGCCCCCAGGUGCCUUUGACCACCUGCCCCAGCUGUGGACUCUCGAUGUGUCUCAGAACCCUUGGCAUUGUGACUGUGGCCUCACCUAUCUGCGCCUCUGGCUGGAGGACCAUGUGCCCGGCUCCCUGGCGGACAUCCUCUGCACCAGCCCUGCCCGUGCUGCCCACCGCUCCCUGGGCCAGCUGACUGGCUACCAGAUGGGCAACUGUGGCUGGCAGCUGCAGGAGUCCUGGGCCCACCUGGGGAUCUGGUGGGACUUGGCACUGGUGGCUGUGGCUGUUGUGGGCAUGGCUCUUCUAGGUGGCCUUCUGUGCAUCUCCAAAGAGUACCUGGUCUGAAAUCAGGAGCCCAGAAUCUCCCCCUGGCACUGGGGCAGCUCCCCAAAGCCCAGUAACUCUGCUCACCUCAAACCAUCGGAAGAC